AUGCCAGUAUGGUGCCACAUGUUUGUGCAAACCCUAACGGAAGGAGCCCGGCUUUGGUUUGAUAAUCUCCCCCCGGGGAGUAUAGACAGCUAUGAAGAACUGAGCGAGAAAUUCCUCAGGAACUUUGGCCAGCAAAGGAAGGUGGUCAAAAAUCCAAACGAAAUCCUCCACAUUAGACAAAGGGAUAAUGAGCGGAUAGACCAAUACAUGGAGAGGUUUGUUAAGGAAAGUAUGAACAUCAAGGACGUCCCGGAGGUCAUGAAGAUCAGCAGUUUCAUAAAUGGGCUGAAACAUGCACAGUUGUGUGAAAAGCUGGGAGAGGAAUUUCCACCUUCCUUCGACAAUCUUGUGGACAGAGUCAGGGCCUUUGUCCGGGGAAAAUAUACAGUCAGCAAAGCCAAGGAGACGGAUGCCACACCUCGGAGGGUCGCCCCAGCUGCAAGGCCUCCUGAGAAAGGUACGCCCUAUUCCCGGAAACCUGCCUUUGAUAGAAUGUUGCAUGACAGGGCAAGACCCUCAUACUCCCCCUACAGACCCCGAGGGAGGGGUCCCCCUCCUUACUCCGAUAGCUUCACCCCUCUCACUAAGACUCCAAGUGAGAUACUAGCCACAGAGAGGGUCAAGAAUUCUUUCCCAAGGCCACCCCCCAUAAAACCGGGACCAAAGGCACAGCCAAACGAAUACUGUGAAUUCCACAAAGGCUUCGGGCACAAGACCGAUGACUGUAUGUACCUCAAAAGGGAAAUAGAGGCUGCGGUGAAGACGGGGAGAUUGGCCCAUUUGGUCAAGGAAAUCAAGGAGGGGGGAGGGAAUCGCAGGGGAAGAGAUGCAAGGGAGCCAGGGAGGGCAGACGUUGAUAUGAUUAGAAGGAGAAAUGAGUUCGAUGUCACCCGAACUAUAAUAGCCGGACACAAGGUGUCUAGAAUACAUGUGGAUGGAGGGUCAGGCGUUGAGGUAAUAUACGAACACUGCUUUCUUAGGUUCGACAGGGAUAUAAAAGAUAGGUUGGAGGAAGAUUCUAUCCCAUUGGUGGGAUUCAACAACAGUGUGUCACAUCCCCUGGGAAAGAUCAGGCUCCCAUUCACAGUUGGCGUAGGGGAUAGGGUCCGAACGAUAAAUCUGACCUUCACAGUAGUCAGGGCACCCUCUAAGUACAAUGCAAUCUUGGGGAGACCCGGAAUUGGAGAUCUGCAGGCACAAGCAUCCACCCCCCACGGGGCUUUGGUAUUUCAAACACCAAAAGGUCUGGCAUGGUUUAAGUCCGCCUACGAAUUAGUUUCUUCCGUAUCCAAAGGGGAAGAACCAGGGAAAUCCCAGGGAAAGAAGGUGGAAGAAUGGGUCCUCUGUGAUAGGUUCCCAGAACAGACAAUCAAGGUGGGAAGUCACUUGAGUGACAAAUGCAAGAGUGCCCUGAAGGAGUUGCUCCUCCAUAACAUAGAUGUGUUUGCAUUUCAACAUGGAGACAUGACAGGAAUCCCUAGGAGUCUAACAGAGCACCGGCUUAACACCUUCACAUGGGCGAAGCCAGUGAAACAAAAGAAGCGGAGUAUGGGACCUAAUAAAAGAAGGGCCGCUUGUAAAGAAACUCGAAAGCUACUCAGAGCGGGGAUAGUCAGAAAAGUUAAAUACCCGUCCUGGGUUGCCAACCCAGUCAUGGUUCAGAAAAAAGACGGGGGGUGGAGGAUGUGCAUCGAUUUCCAAGACUUAAACAAAGCAUGUCCCAAGGACUGUUAUCCUCUCCCGGAGAUAGACACCCAGGUGGACUCUCUGUCCCAGUACCCCCUGAAAUGCUUCCUAGAUGCCUACAAGGGAUACCACCAAAUCCAGAUGUCAAUAGAAGACGAGGAGAAGACCGCUUUUAUCACAGAUGAGGGGACGUUUUGCUAUACCAAGAUGCCCUUCGGCCUCAAGAACGUGGGGGCAACAUAUCAGAGGUUCAUGAACACCUUGUUUAGGGAGAAGCGAGGGAGGAACCUAGAGGUGUACGUUGACGACAUUGUCAUCAAGAGCUUGACAGAGACAGCCAUGAUAGAUGACAUAGCCGAGACUCUCAACACCAUGCAGGAUGUGAACAUGAAGCUGAACCCCGGGAAAUGCUGUUUCGGGGUAGAGGAAGGGAAUUUCCUUGGAGUAGUGGUAACCAAAGGAGGAAUCAAAGCAAACCCGGAAAAAACCCAGGCCGUAGCCGAAAUGCGGUCUCCCAGGUCCCUAAAAGAUAUCCAGCAGCUGAACGGGAGGCUGAUAGCAUUAAACCGCUUUUUAUCAAAGGUGGCUGACAAGACCCUUCCCUUCAUGAAAGUAUUGAAAGACUGCCUCCAGACUAACAAAUUCAACUGGACCACGGAGGCCGAAGCUGCCUUUCAGGAAAUGAAAGCCUACAUCUGUAAGCUCCUUACAUUGGCCACCCCGGUGCCUGGGGACCCGUUGCUCCUUUACCUAUCCGCCUCGAAAACGACCAUAAGUGCGGUCAUGAUAGUGGAGCGGGAGGGGAAACAAAUUCCCAUAUAUUUCAUUAGCAGAACACUUAAGGGGCCUGAGGAACGAUACAUGCCUCUAGAGAAACUUGCGUUGGCUCUGGUCUUUGCAUCCAGAAGGCUCAAGAGGUAUUUCCAAGGGCAUAAGGUUACCUUAGUGACCGAUCAACCCCUUCAGAAAGUGCUUAGGAAACCGGAGCUGUCGGGACGACUGGCUAAAUGGGCUGUAGAGUUAGGAGAGCACUCUCUGGAGUUUAAGCCCAGAACGACCAUGAAGGGGCAGAUACUGGCCGAUUUCCUAGAAGAAGUCCCUGAAGAUGAGGAGAGGGAGCUAUUAAAAUGGGAGGCCUUGGAGGAGGAAGAAAAGAAAAGGGAAGACGAGGCUGUGUGGAAGUUGUUCACCGAUGGAGCAUCUAGUGAAGAAGGAAGCGGGGCAGGUAUCACACUGGUGAGCCCCGAGGGGGUCGAGCUGACAUAUGCCAUAAGGCUGGAUUUUGAGAACACCAACAAUACCGCAGAAUAUGAGGCCCUCCUAGCAGGGAUGAGGCUGGCACAAAAAAUGAAAGCAAAACACGUAGAGGCUAGCACUAAUUCACAGCUGGUAGUAAAACAGUACCAAGGAGAAUAUGAAGCCAAGGACAGCACCAUGGCUCGAUACGUGGAGAGAGUUAAAGAGACGGCUAAGGCAUUCAAAACUUUCAAACUGGAAUACAUCCCUCGUGGAAGGAACAGGAAAUUUGAUGCACUCAGCAAGUUAGCCUCGGUAGCAUUCGACCAUCUCGCGAAAGAAGUCAAAGUGGAGGUCCUGACAUCUUCCUCCCUUAACACAACAGAAGUUGCCACGGUCGAAGGUCCUCAAGAAACAUGGAUGACCCCAAUCAUCAGAUUCCUACGGGAUGGAACUCUACCCGAGGGGGAAUGGGUGGCCAGAAAGAUAAGGGUCAGGGCCCUACAGUAUGAACUGAUCGAGGGGGAGCUAUACCGAAGGUCAUAUCUGGGCCCGUCCCUGAAGUGCGUUGACAUGGAAGAGGCCGAAUAUGUGGUUAGGGAGAUGCACGAGGGGAUUUGCGGAAUGCACUCGAGACCAAGGACAAUAGUGAGAAAGGCAAUGAAUGCAGGUUUUACUGGCCACGAAUGUACGAAACGGCAUCUGAGGAAUCAAGAAGUGUUGACAACUGCCAAGUGCAUGCACCGAUGA